AUGGUACAUCUCUACUCUGCCCUGACGGCUGCGAUGGCAGCAUUCACGUGCUUCGGAGAGGUCGCCUCUGUACCUCUUGAGGAGAUGCUGAGAGGCCUGACUCCAAAAGCAAGGAAUGUGUUGAAGCGUGCUACCCCAGUAGCCCCCCAUUUCGUUUUAUACAGUGACGCGUACGUUUCCAGCGAACCAACGGUGUCAGAUAUUUCGGGCUUCAAUGUGUUUGCAUUGUCUUUCCUCGUGGAAUAUGGUGCAGCAGAUCAAGCUCAGGAAUGGGAAGAGCUUACAGCAUCUCAACGUUCUUCGAUUCUUUCCGAGUACCAGGCGGCAGGUAUCUCACUCAUUGUGUCCCUUUUCGGGUCCACUGAGACCCCCACUUCAUCGGGAUACGACCCCAUCGAUACCGCGAAUACUAUGGCAGCUUGGGUUAUCGAAUAUGGCCUCCAGGGUGAUUUCGCUGCAUUCGACGCUGGUACUGGCUCUGCUGAGCAGUGGCUCGGCAACUUCACCACCCAGCUGCGCACACAGCUUCCUCAGGGCCAAUAUAUAUUGACUCAUGCUCCUGUUGCACCAUGGUUUUCUCCUAAUUAUUGGGGUGGUGGAGGAUACCUCUGGGUAGAUUCUGUGGUCGGCAGUAUGAUUGAUUGGUAUAAUGUGCAGUUUUACAACCAGGGCACAACGGAGUACACAACUUGUGAUGGUCUCCUGUACAACUCCUCGACUGCUUGGCCACAAUCUGCACUCUUCCAAAUUGCUGAUAGCGGUAUUUCUCUGAACAAGCUUGUGAUUGGCAAGCCUGCUACUUCAGCACAAGCCACCAACGGGUACAUAGACCCAUCUCUCUUAGCGUCCUGUGUUUCCUCGGCCUAUGCUUCUGGAUGGAAUGCCGGUGUAAUGGUUUGGGAGUAUCCUUACGCUGGUUCCUCAUGGAUCGCGACUGUGCGCGGGGACACCUGGCCAAUGCCCACAACUACGACGUCUGCGACGCCGACAAGCACCAGUACCUCAACACCCGGGACUUGCACAGGUGUUGCUGCAUGGUCUGCCGGUGAGGCCUAUACCGGAGGUGCUGAAGUGACCUACGAUGGGUACCUGUGGACCGCAAGCUGGUGGACGGAGGACGACACCCCCGGAGGUUCCGCGGGUGUCUGGGUUAACGACGGAGCUUGCACCUCUACGAGCAUUGGCACUACAAGCAUUAGCACCACACCGACGAGCACCAGUAUCAUAUCAACGAGCACCAGUACCACACCGACAAGCACCAGUACCACACUGACAACUCCCGGGACCACUUGCGCAGGUGUUGCUGGAUGGACCACUGGUGUGGCUUAUACCGGAGGUGAUGAAGUGACCUAUGGUGGGUACCUGUGGGCUGCGAGCUGGUGGACGGAGAACGACACCCCUGGAGGUACCGCGGGUGUCUGGGUUAACGACGGAGCUUGCACCUCUACAGCCACCGCCCCACCUAAGCAUAGGGCUCUCCUAGCCCCUAUUGUCACAUCUGCGCCUGCUUUGUAAAGGCAUUGAUGGGCGCCGCCCCACGCUGCUCACCUGCUGCAGCAGGGGCUCCGUGAUAUGUACCGUAAUAGAUGAUGAAACGAGAUAUGACGAUAGCGAUGUAUUAUUAUUGUAUUCCAUUACUAUUUUCACUAGCAACUUAUGGGGUAGUUUCUCGCGAUACCCGCUAUACUUAUGAUCAUUUUUGUU